UCAUUUCAACAAACUCUACAUAGAAAACGACAUCGUUUCAAAUGCAGAAUUACGAAAAACGACAGUUUCAACUAAGUCGUUUGGAUGCAGUACAAGCUUUCAGGGCAAGUUUAGAUAUAUCAGUCAUCGUCCUAGUUAGUUAGUGAUGUAUUUCCCGCCUUUUUACUGGAGAAGCUUGUAAUUAGGGUUGAAAUAAUCACACACAUCUCAUCUUCUCCUGGUCUCCAAAGAGAGAAUCUCUGCCAAACCAGAAGUCGAAAUCUCUGACCAAAACUCAGAGCUCUUCAUUGCUAGAAGAAUUCGGAAGGCAUACAUAGUUCGAUAUUGUGAAGUGUACCCUUUAGUGUUCAAUCAAAUGGCGCCAGCUCCCAAAUCUGAUAGCGCCGAAGCGAUCGUCCUCAACUUCGUGAACGAGCAAAAUAGGCCGCUUAAUUCACAAAAUGUGGCUGAUGCUUUACAAAAGUUUAAUCUCAAGAAGGCUUCAAUACAAAAAGCCCUGGAUAAUCUGGCUGAUGGUGGGCGGAUUUCCUUCAAGGAGUAUGGUAAGCAGAAGAUUUAUCUUGCUCGCCAAGACCAAUUCGACAUCCCGAAUACCGAAGAGCUUACUCAGAUGAAGGAAGAAAAUGCUAGAUUGCAGAAGCAACUUGAGGAAGAAAAGAAAGCCAUUGGCGAGGUUGAAGGAGAAAUCAAAAGUUUGCAGUCAAAUUUGACACUGGAACAAAUACUUGCAAAGGAAGUAAAACUAAGAAUGGAGGUUAAGGAAAUGGAGGACAAACUGGAAAAAUUACGUGGUGGAAUUACAUUGGUGAAGCCAGAAGAUCGUGAGGCUAUUGAAAAAUUGUACUCUGAAAAAAUAAGUCAAUGGAGAAAGCGUAAAAGGAUGUUUAAAGAUUUGUGGGAUGCUAUUACUGAGAACUCACCAAAGAAUCUCAAGGAAUUCAAGGAAGAACUUGGACUUGAAUAUGAUGAAGAUGUUGAUGUGAGUUUACAGUCAUUAGGUGAGCUUCUACAACGUGGUAAGAAGAGGCUGCGAGGCCAGUGAAUUUUUGUUUGAAGUCUUAUCUUAGCUAAUUACACAGAAACAAAUAUAUAGUUCUUUUUUUGCUUUUUUCAUUAGUAAAAAAUGCAGAUUAUGCGUUGUAUUAGCUUCAUAGCUUGUAUAUUGGAGUUUCAGAAUCCUAUAUGGUUAACCUUUUAUGUAUGUUAGAGGCUCUUAACUGCUAGAUGAUUAAUGAAAAUGGUUUCCCUUUUAUGUA